GCAGUUAUAAUAGAGACCUCAGCCCAUCCUACUAGGGGCUCUAAAACUAGGGUGACCCUUCCAAGACGUUCCAUGCCCAGGCAGGGGUACUGGGCCUUUGUACCCCAAAAUUGACCCAGAGACUCAGCUGUGAGACCUCAGCAGCCUACACUCCUGGCAACUAGGGGAACAAGUGCCUUUGUCUUGAAGGGUGGAUUUGGGUGGUUCACCAACGUCCACUACAUUAUUACUACCCAGUAGUCUCUUCCAUGGCCCCCUUUAACUCUCAAGAUAAAAACUUUCAUACCCCUUGGGCCCCUGUCCUACCACGCAUAUUAUUCACAACAGCCUGUGAUCUCUCACUCCUCUGCAGAGGUACACACCCUCCUCUGAGGGGCCCAUCAACACAGUUUUCAUAUUGUGAUAUUGUUGUCUGCAUUUGCACAAGCCACUCUCCACCCCAGGUUGGGGCCAUCUGGUUCAUGUCUGUGUUCUGAGCACUAAGAGGUCCUGGGUGUACUGGUCAAGACUUGAUCACAGGGAGUACACUCCCCUCCCCCCAAGGAAGUGGCGCCCAGCCCUCCCCACCCCAUCCCACAGUGCAGAUGCUCUUUCCUGUUGGGAAUAAAAUGCCAGAGAUUCAGUUUCCUUCCUUUCUGUAUGUGGCCUUGGAGAGGAAGGGACCUUGGAGGGAGGAGGGGGCUCCUGGGCGGGGAGCAGGAGCAGGGUCCAGUGGAGGUCUGUGCCUACCCUGCCUCACUCAGCAUCUGCACAGGGCAAAACUAAGAAAUCCUACAGGGGAAGGCUUCCCAGCUCCAGCUCCUCCAGGGCCUGCCAUGGACUCAACAACCAAGAACGAAACGCAGCCUGCACUUCUUCCUGUCUCUUCCUGCCCAGGGCCUGAGUGGCCUGAGCAGCAGAGGGCGGAGCAGCUGGCCCGGGGUGCAGCACUCAAGUGGGCCUCAGGCAUUUUCUACCGGCCAGAGCAGCUAGUCAGACUGGGCCAGUACCGCAGUCGUGAGGUGCAGCGCACCUGCUCCCUGGAAGCACGCAUGAAGUCAGUGGUGCAGUCGUACCUGGAGGGUGUGAAGACUGGUGUGUGGCAGCUGGCCCAGGGCCUUGAGGCUGUGCAGGAAGCCCGUGAGGCCCUGGGCCAGGCCCGUGGGUUGCUCCGGGGCAUGGCAGAGGCUGUACAGGCACUAGAGCCCCUGCGGGAGCAGGUUAGCCAGCACCAGCAACUGCAGGCCCUGUCUCAGCUGCUGCCUCGGCUGCGGGCAGUGCCAGCUGCAGUGGCCCACACACAGUCCUUGAUUGAUGCCCAACAGCUCUUGGAGGCAUAUGUGAGCCUUCGGGAGCUUGAACAACUGCAAGAGGAGACAUGGGAAUCUCUGGGGGACCUGGAAUUGCCUAUCUUUGAGGGGCUGGGCCCUCUGUCUGAGGCACUGGGCCAGGCUGUGGAGGCGGCUGUAGGGGCUGCAGGGCAGCUGGCACGGGAGGACCCAGCCCUGCUGGUGGCAGCUGUGCGUGUGGCGGAGGUGGAGACUGGCCGCACAACCUCCCUGGAGCAGGCACCCCGGGACUGGCGGCAACGCUGUCUGCGGGCACUACAGGAGGGCCUGGAGCGGGUCCACUUUGGGACACAUCUGCUGCCUGGGCCAGGGGCCCUAGCCGGGUGGCUGGAGGCUCUGCGGGUGGCUCUACCAGCCGAGUUGGCCACAGCUGAGGCACUAAUAGCGCCCUGCUGCCCACCGCACUACAAGGUGGUCCAACUGUGGGCCCACACCCUGCACAGUGGCCUGCGCCGCUGCCUACAGCAAUUCAUGGAAGGGCCUGAGCUGGGAGCUGCUGAUGCCUUCACCUUGCUGCACUGGGCACUGCAUGUGUACCUGGGGCCAGAAAUGAUGGGGAGCCUGGAGUUGGGGCCUGAGGCUGAUGUGUCUCAGCUGGAGCCUCUCCUGACCCUGGAGAAUAUCGAGCAGCUGGAGGCAACAUUUGUGUCCAAAGUCCGGGCAAAUGUGGUGCAGUGGCUGCAGAAAGCACUGGAUGGGGAAGUAGCUGAGUGGGGCCGGGAGCAAGAGCCUGACACAGACCCAUCUGGUUUUUAUCACUCACCAAUGCCAGCCAUCGUGCUGCAGAUCCUGGAAGAAAAUAUUCGAGUAACCAGCCUGGUCAGUGAGUCACUGCAGCGGCGGGUGCAUGGCAUGGCACUGUCAGAACUGGGAGCAUUCCUGAGGAGCUUCAGUGAUGCCCUGAUACGAUUCUCCCGAGACCACCUCAGAGGGGAAGCAAUGGCCCCUCAUUAUGUGUCCUACCUAUUGGCUGCCCUCAACCACCAAUCAGCACUCAGUUCCUCCGUGUCGGUCUUGCAGCCCGACGGGGUGGCUUCAGGGGCCUUAGCUCCGGUAGAGGCAGCGCUGGAGGAGUUGCAGAGAAGGAUAUGCCGCCUGGUGUUGGAGGCGCUGCUGGUGGAGCUCCAGCCCCUGUUCAUGGCUCUGCCCUCGCGCCAGUGGCUGUCGAGCCCGGAGCUAUUGGAUGAUGUGUGUGAGCGGACCGCGCGCUUCUGCCGGGAUUUCUGGCGUGUGCGGAAUCCAGCGGUCCAGCUGCUGCUGGCAGAGGCUGAGCGUACCGUGGUUCUGCAGUACCUGUGUGCGCUAAUGCAGGGCCGCCUAGUGUGCCGUGGUGCCGAUGAGCGGAACCAGGCUGCCGAGCGCCUGCAGCACGAUGCCGCCAAGCUCCAGGAUCUUUUCCUCAAUUUGGGCCUGGAGGAAAGCUUUCAAUGUGCGUCAGUGCUGCUCACCCUGAGAAAGCUGCUGAACCUCCGCGAUCCCACGAUGCUUGGCCUGGAGGUGGCAGGCCUGCGGCAACAAUUUCCUGACGUGAGUGAGGAUCACGUCUCCGCCCUCUUGGACCUGCGCGGGGACGUGUCCCGAGAGCAGCGCCUAGCUGCACUCAGCUCACUGCAGGCCGGCCCUCAGCCAUCGCCCUCCGCGGGUCGCCGCGCACUCUUCAGCCUUGUGCCAACACCUACCCCCGCUCCAUCCUCCUGCCUUCCCUCGGGACCCUGUGCCUGACUCCCGACUGCCAGCAGAAUAAAGCCCCUGAAUACAGCAGCGUA